AUGGGAGAUGAAAAUGAACUGCUCGGAGCUUCUGAGUUUAUCAAAGAUCGUCUGUAUUUUGCUACUCUUAGAAGCAAACCAAAGAGCACAGCAAAUACUCAUUUCUUCUGCACAGAUGAUGAAUUUAUUUAUGAAAACUUUUAUGCAGAUUUUGGACCCCUUAAUCUAGCAAUGCUGUACAGAUACUGCUGUAAACUAAACAAAAAACUAAAGUCUUUCACUCUGUCUAGAAAACGUAUCAUCCACUACACCAGUUAUGACCAACGAAAGAGAGCCAAUGCAGCCGUCCUCAUUAGUGCUUAUGCAAUAAUCUAUUUAAAGAGAACUCCAGAGGAGGUUUACCAGGCCCUUAUCUCUGGAACCAGUGUGUCAUACCUGUCCUUCAGAGAUGCUGCUUUUGGGAACUGCACAUAUAAUCUAACCAUUUUAGACUGUUUACAAGGAAUCCGCAAGGCCCUGCAGCAUGGCUUCUUUGACUUUGAGAAUUUUGAUGUUGAAGAAUAUGAACAUUAUGAGUGUGUGGAAAAUGGUGACUUUAACUGGAUUGUGCCAGGAAAACUGUUGGCCUUCAGUGGACCUCAUCCCAAGAGCAAAAUAGAGAAUGGUUAUCUGCUCCACGCCCCUGAAGCAUACUUCCCCUACUUCUGCCAGCAAAAUGUCACAGACGUGGUACGACUGAACAAGAAAAUCUAUGAAGGUCGGCGCUUCACAGAUGCCGGGUUUGAGCAUCACGACUUGUUCUUCAUAGAUGGCACUACACCUAGUGAUUUGAUCACAAGAUGCUUUCUGCACAUCUGUGAGAGUGCAAAGGGUGCUGUAGCUGUCCACUGCAAGGCUGGUCUUGGAAGGACAGGUACUCUGAUAGGCUGCUACCUGAUGAAGCAUUAUCGUUUCACAGCACCUGAGGCCAUUGCCUGGAUAAGAAUCUGCAGGCCUGGCUCCAUUAUUGGACCACAGCAGCACUUUCUCGAACAGAAGCAGCACAGUAUGUGGGUGCAGCAUGACCUCCAUCAUUCAAAACUGAAGCAACAGCAUUUGAGACAAAGCCAGCAGCAGGAGAGAGAUAUUUUCUGUCUCAUCUCCAACAUGGACGACAUAUCCAUCGACAGCUCCAUGCUUAAGCCACAAAGUGUGGAUGAGAAUAACUACAAAGAAGAGGACAUGAUUCCCACUCAAGGCGACAAACUAUUAGCUUUAAAGGGCCAAUGCCAACCGAGAUCUACCACCACAAUGCUCAGUGGGAUAGACACAGCUCCAGGCAACAUUUCCCCUCCCAAAUCUUCCAAAGCUCCUCUUUUUAUCUCUUCCUCUCCUGCUUCAUGGAGACUAACACGCAGCCCUUCCUCCUCUGCCGGCAACCUUAAAAGCUUUAGUCCCCGUUUAGCCCACUCCCUCGGCAACCUCUACGAUGACAACAACUUCCAUGAAGAAGACAGCAGCACACCACCUCCAUCCUUCACUCCCACCCUGUCUCCUGCCGUAACCCAAUGCCCCCCAGCACCUCCAUCUGGCUUUAGCUUUGGCUACCCCACCACUGAUCCCCCACUGCCUCCCUCCCACUUAAACUACAACCAAGAGGUCAAUACCAAUCUCAACAGCCCAACUGGUGCUAAUACUGUAAAUGCUACCCGCACAGUCAGACCUAUGAACAGAACUGUCUACAGUCUGUACUCCAGGGGCAGGCCAGGCCCACAUAAAGGUCCAGUGUGUGCUGGACUCAGUGGGUUUCCAGGACGCUACCUCAGCAAAUCCAUUCCAUCCCUUCAGUCUGAAUAG